AAAAUCCAGCUGGAGCCACUCGCUCGCUGUGCGGCCCCCCGAGCUGUCAGUUCAGUCGCUCCUCUACUCCACCACACAAGCGCUCUCUCUGACAGUUCCGGGUUUCCGUUUUUGAAGCUUUAUUUCCCCCUCGAUUGACGAGUUUUAAAUUACGGUUUUGCCGUGACAGUCGCACACCAUGGCUCUUCUAGCGGAGCAUCAGUUUAAACAGCUUCCAGCCGAUAAGCAAGUGGAUACCAGAUCGUUUUUGGAGUCGGUGUCGUACCUUCCGUCUUUCUUCGACUGCCUGGGCUCUACAGUAUUUUCACCAAUCAAAGCUGACGUUAGUGGAAACAUAACAAAAAUCAAGGCAGUGUACGAUACAAACCCCACCAGGUUCAAGACCCUGCAGCACAUCCUGGAGGCUGAAAAGGAGAUGCAUGGAGCAGAGUGGCCUAAAGUUGGCGCUACUCUAGCUCUCAUGUGGCUGAAAAGGGCUCUCAAGUUCAUUCAGGUCCUGCUGCAGAGCAUUGCAGAUGGAGAGAGGGACGACACCAACCCCAAUCUCAUCCGGGUCAACGCCACCAAAGCCUACGAGAUGGCUCUGAAAAGAUACCAUGGCUGGCUGGUUCAGAAGCUGUUCAAGGCAGCUGUGUACGCUGCUCCCUACAAGUCUGACUUCCUGAAGGCCCUGUCGAAAGGUCGCGAUGUCAAGGAGGAGGAGUGUCUGGAGAAGAUCCGCCAGUUCCUUGUGAAUUUCACGGCUACAGUGGAUGCCAUUUAUGAGAUGUAUAGCAAAAUGAACGCCGAGCUGGACUACACGGUCUGACCUCACCCUUGCCAGACUGAAACACACACACACCCGUCCUUUACUCCUGUACAUCUUGCCUCCAUUUUCAAGAGCAUUAGGGUCACCUCCUGAGCUCAGAGACCUGGUCCUCCUUCCUUCUCUACCACAUUGGCGGGGAGCAUCUGAAGACUCGCUGAUUUCACCUGUGGACUUGAGAGGCUCACUGUCAUUUACUCUGGUGCCUUCACACCUCUCAGCUCACCUCUUUUAUGCAUUCUGCACCUCGAAGGCUCAUAAUAGGCAGCCCUAGGUCAUACAGGCAAUUGUGUGGGAGGGAAGAUGGUGUUGUAACUAAUGCAGUAUGGUGUGCCUUACGUUUUAACUUGUCUAGCAGGGAUAAUACUGAAAUGUGAAUGUAAUAAAUGCACUUUUUAGCUGGU